ACGUCGUGGCACAUUAUGCACAUUUGUUAAUUUAUUUCUUCACGUUCACUAUACUCGGACCCAAAUCACUCCCAUUUUCCGAACCGGAAUACUAGCGGUACCGGAGCAACCGCCACAGUAUGAGUAUCUCGGAGCUGAUUUCCGAGCUGAGAGACUCAUUCCGUCAGAGAGAUUUUGAUAGAGUCGAAGAAACCCUAAUUGCUAGGGAAACGAAGUUGAAGGCGGAGAUUGAAGCUAAUAAAAGAGAAAUAGGGUUAUUGAAAGAGGAAGUCCAUUUUCAGCAGAUAGAAAAGAUGACUGUUGAAAUGGAACUCAAGAGGAUGAAGGAACUUAAAGAUGGAGGAGACAUUGCAUGUACUGUUGCUGAAACGGCAAAUGUUAGGGUUAACGGUGCUCCAGAAACCCUAGUGAGCCAGGAAGCGGCUUUGAAGUCCGCAAUCAAAGAAAAAGUGGGGGAAAUAAUUCAAGAUCAAUUUAAAAAUUUGGGAAAGCCCAAUUUUGACAUUACGGUACACGUUGUUAGAGAUGAGAAGCCUGGAGAGGAGUUCAAGAAGGUUGGGGUUCAUGAUGGAAAGGCUUGCCUUGUUGGUGAACAAGGCAAAAAAGACGGUCCAGGUGCUUCAGGUAAUGAUUUUGGCUCAGUAGAAGAGACUGUGGAUGUCAGGGAAGCUACGGUGACGGCAACAAUUGAAGAUAAAAUGGAGGGAAUUAGAUUGCUGCUUGAGAAGACGGCCAAGAGAGAAAAAUAUGCUACUACCGAAGUCAAAGAUGACAAGAUUGAUGUUUUGGCCGAGGAGACAAGGUUAGCCAGUGAACCAAGCAAAAAGGCCGGUCUAGGUUCUUCAGGUAAUUGGUUGACAAAUUCUUCAAGAGUAGUUCCGGAAAACAUCGCCACAAAACUGGUUGAAACUGAAAAUUCUUCAAGAGUAGUUCCGAAUAAUAUCACAACAAAACUGGGUGAACCUGGAAAUUCUUCAAGAGCAGUUCCGAAAAAUUUCGCAACAAAACUGACUGAACCUGAAAAUUCUUCACGAAUAGUUCCGAAAAACUUCCUAACAAAACUGGCCGAACCUGCUAGAGUUAUUAAAAGAGAUUUUGCUUCGUCUAUUGCGGAUGUUUCAAAUUAUUUGGAUGGCUUAGAGAAUAAUAGUUCCUCCUCAUCCAGUUCUAGUUCAUCUUCUGGCGAGUUUGAUAUCUCCUCUUUUACACCCGUUAAGAGAACUAAGCUGAGCCAAGGUAAAUAGAUAGGAAAACAUGCUUGGCAUAUAAACUUUUUGUUGUAUGAACAGCAGAAAAAUGGCGGGAGAAAUCAAAGUUUGGAGGAAGGUUAGAGAGAAAGACGAAGGAUAAACAAAAUUGUCGUAUUUUUUGAUCGUCAAGUUUUAGGGUAAACUUGAUUGUAAAUUAUUAAUGCUAGUAAAAUGUCAAGUGGAUUCACGAGGAGACCAAGUUCUCCAAGUGCUCAGUUUUUCCACCUGAUGUCAGUUCCUUUGUGAUUUCAGAUCCUAAUGUUUUGAUUUAUGCCGCCUUCAAAAAAGAAAGGGGAGCACAAAAGAAUGAAUAUAAGAGGACUUUGAUUUGUAUGCAGAUAGUAAAUUGGCCCCAUCUAUUGUGCAUCUUUUAAGA